UCAAACCCUCUAUAUUUAGUUCGCCUUCCCCAACCCACACACACCCUCUCAUUUAACUACUCCAUAUAGUCCAUAGCAUAAACCUUGACCAGAAUACCAAAACUACAAAUUAUAUUAAUUUUUUAUUUUUUUUUAAGAAAAAAGGAUUCAUUUCUGAUACGUCGUGUUUGUUUCUCGGGAAAAUUAAGAAAGAGAAAGUGUUAGUGGCAGAGAGUGGGAAGGUUAAAGAGAAAGAGGAGAUGACAGCGGGGACAAGAAUGCCGACGUGGAAAGAAAGAGAGAAUAACAAGAGAAGAGAAAGGAGAAGAAGAGCGAUCGCAGCGAAGAUCUAUGCUGGACUCAGAAUGUACGGUAAUUAUAAGCUACCCAAACACUGCGAUAAUAAUGAAGUUCUUAAAGCUCUUUGCAAUGAAGCUGGUUGGACAGUUGAAGAAGAUGGCACUACUUAUAGAAAGGGAUGCAAACCUGUGGAACGGAUGGACAUCAUGGGAGGGUCUGCAUCAGCUAGUCCUUGCUCAUCUUACCACCCAAGUCCAUGUGCAUCUUAUAAUCCAAGUCCUGGUUCAUCUUCAUUCCCCAGUCCUGUUUCAUCCCGUUAUACUGCCAAUACUAAUGGUAAUGCUGAUGCUAAUUCCCUUAUCCCUUGGCUUAAAAACCUCUCAUCCGGCUCAUCAUCAGCCUCAUCCAAGCACCCUCACCAUCUCUACAUUCACACUGGUUCCAUAAGUGCACCUGUCACGCCUCCAUUGAGCUCCCCAACUUCCCGAACUCCCCGCACCAAAAAUGACUGGGAUGAUCCAGCUGCUGGCCCAUCCUGGGCGGGACAGAACUAUCCAUUCCUGCCUUCAUCUAUGCCCUCUUCCACGCCACCAAGUCCUGGCCGUCAGGUCCUGCCUGAUUCAGGAUGGUUAGCUGGUAUCCAAAUUCCCCAAAGUGGACCAUCUUCACCUACAUUUAGCCUUGUCUCACGGAACCCAUUUGGCUUUAGAGAUGAGCCUUUAUCAGGUGCUGGAUCAAGAAUGUGGACUCCUGGGCAAAGUGGGACAUGCUCUCCUGCAGUUCCUGCAGGUGUGGAUCAUACAGCAGAUGUUCCAAUGGCAGACAGUAUGGCAGCUGAGUUUGCAUUUGGAAGUAACACAACAGGGUUGGUGAAACCUUGGGAAGGAGAGAGGAUCCAUGAGGAAUGUGUAUCUGAUGAUCUUGAGCUUACUCUUGGAAACUCUAGUACAAGAUAGGAAGGAUUGGUAAUGAAGGGUGAGAGAACUAUAGAGGAAUCUAUUGAUUUGGCGUCUUUCUUCCCUUAAUGCCUUCAUGUCAAUGGCUUUGUGUUGUGCAUGGUUCGGUUGGCAAAGAAUUGACUUAGAAGUACAGUGAGUAGGAGGACCUGUUCUUUUUUAUUUUUAUUUUUCUAUUUUUUGUUUAAAUUUUUUUCUGUUCCUAUUUUAUUUCUUUUUUCUACAAAAGAGAACUGAAAAUCAAAUUAUAAAUAGUUCAUGGUGGUGACUUUGCCCUUCGGCUCAA